AUGGAAAAGACGCCAGAUAUCCAUGCUAUACUGAGCAUCACCAGUACUGGCAACCGGUUGGAUGCUGAAGAUCAUGAACUUAACUUGCAAGUGAUUACUUCUAAUCCUAUCUCUAUUAGUGCGGUGGCUGAAGGUUUGACCAACGACCAAAAGCACUAUAUUUUGAAGAGACUUGGUUACAAUGUUUUGCAAUCCUUUGAGGAUUUGCCAGUUAGUGCAACCUUUAUGUUGGAGAAAAUCAAUGACUUGACUGUCAAUGAGUCUGUGGAGAUUCUUCAGCAGUACUUAGUCGAGCAUGAUGGUGAUGUUAACAUCCCUACUGCUGAGUACGAUUUUGUUGAAGAUUUGAUCAGCGGUCAGUCCAACUCGGUUAAGACUAAACUCUCUGAAGCAACUGAGAAACAGGAGGCAGUUGAGACGAGCAAGAACUUGGACAGUGGUUCUAGUUUAGAAGAUAACCAGCUUGAUGGUAUCAAUUGGGAGUUGAAAGUCAAAACAGAGGCAGGAUUGAUUGCCUACUGGUCACCUUACCCAGAAGUUAGAUCUGUUUCCGAACCGUUUGACGACCCCUCUACUCCUACUGAAACAAUUCGUGUUUACAUUGUUGGUCUUGUGUGGACAUGUAUUGGUUCAUUUAUUAACCAGUAUUUCUCUCAGAGACAGCCUUCGAUCACCUUAAAUACUGCUGUGGUUCAGCUUUUCAUUUACCCUUCUGGUAUCUUACUUGAGAAACUUUUGCCUGCUUGGAAGUUCAACGUGUGGAAAUGGACUAUUGACUUGAAUCCCGGCCCUUGGAAUUACAAGGAACAGAUGUUGACUACGCUUUUCUACUCUGUUUCUGGUGGAACUCCAUAUGUGUCUUACAAUAUCCACGCCCAAAAAAUUAGCACCUGGUAUAACAACAAAUGGGCUGGUUUUGGAUAUCAAGUACUUCUCAUGCUUUCGACUAACUUUUUGGGAUUCGGAUUGGCCGGUAUCAUGAGAAAGUUCGCCGUCUAUCCGAUCCAGUCUAUUUGGCCAAGUAUUCUUCCAACCUUGGCUUUAAAUAAGGCUUUGAUGCAACCUGAAAAGAAGGAGAAGAUCAACGGCUGGUCAAUCUCCAGAUACUACUUUUUCUUUGCUACUACUGGAGCCUCAUUCCUCUACUUUUGGUUUCCUGAUUAUAUCUUCCAGGCGUUGUCUACUUUCAACUGGAUGACAUGGAUUGCUCCGAACAACUUGAACUUGGCCACAAUCACUGGAUCUGUUAGUGGCUUAGGAAUCAAUCCAAUUGCUACUUUCGACUGGAACAUUAUCAACCUGAGCAACACUGCGUUGACGAUUCCUUUCUUCUCUCAGUUGAACCAAUACAUUGGAUCUGUGCUCGCUAUCUUCCCAAUUCUUGCAGUUUGGUACUCCAAUUAUAAAUGGACUGGAUACUUACCAAUCAACUCAAAUGGUUUGUUUACCAAUACUGGUGAAGCCUAUUCGGUUGCAGAAGUUUUGAACGAAAACAGUCUUUUGGACAUCGAAAAGUACAAAGCUUAUGGCCCUCCAUUCUACACAGCUGCAAACUUGGUGGUGUAUGGUGCUUUCUUUGCAAUCUAUCCUUUCUCCAUCGUUUAUGUUUUUGCUACUCACUGGAACCAAAUCAGUUUUGCAAUCAAGGGUCUUUGGGGAUUGGUUAGAAACUUUAAGAAGUCGACAUAUGAAGGUUACAAUGAUCCAUACACAAGAUCUAUGACCAAGUACAAGGAGGUUCCAGAAUGGGCAUUCACUUGCGUCUUAAUCAUUAGUAUCGUUCUUGCUAUUCUUUGUGUCAAGUUGUACCCAACAGAAACACCAGUUUGGGGUAUUUUCUUCGCCAUUGGUAUCAACUUCGUCUUUUUGAUCCCACUUACCAUCGUUUAUUCUGUUACAGGUUUCUCUUUCGGUCUUAACGUGUUGGUGGAAUUGAUUGUAGGUUAUGCAUUGCCAGGUAAUGGCCUUGCAUUGAUGUUUAUUAAAGCCUUGGGUUACAACGUUGAUGGUCAAGCCCAGAACUAUAUCACCGAUCAGAAGAUGGGUCACUACUUGAGAAUUGCGCCUAGAGCACUUUUCAGAGUCCAAAUGUUGUCUGUUUUUGUAUCUUCGUUUGUCAGUUUGGGAACUUUGAACCUUGCAUUCAACACCAUUGUUGAUUACUGCCUGAGUACUCAACCACAGAAAUUCUCUUGUCCAGGCGGCAGAACUUUCUUCUCAGCCUCCGUUUUGUGGGGUGUGAUUGGUCCUAAGAGAGUGUUCGGUGGCCUUUACCCAGUCUUGCAGUGGUGUUUCUUGAUUGGCUUCUUGCUUGCAUUCCCAUGUAUUGCUAUCAAGAAGUACUUCAAGCAAUACAAGAUCGUGAAGUACUUCCAGCCAGUGUUGAUUAUUGGAGGUUUCUUGGUCUACGCUCCAUAUAACUUGUCCUAUUAUACUCCAGCUUUCAUUGCUAGUUACUUCUUCAUGCACUUGAUCAGAAACAGGUAUUUCAACUGGUGGUCCAAGUACAACUAUGUGCUCAGUGGAGGUUUGCAAGCUGGUGUGGCUUUCAGUGCAGUGAUCAUUUUCUUCGCUGUUCAGUAUCACGAGAAGGACAUCAACUGGUGGGGUAACUCUGUCAUGUACAAUGGACUUGAUGGUGCUGGACCAACCAGAUUGGACGCUUCCACUAGUGCACCAGAUGGAUACUUCGGACCAAGAGUGGGCCACUUCCCAUAG